AUGAAGAUUUACAAGACGGUGCUGAAACCAGCUUUGUUGUAUGAGUUCAGGAGCUUUUCUGUGAAAAUGGAAAAACCAGUGCAGCCCAGCGUCAACUCAUCCUACCUGCCAAAUGUAUAUGAUGAGCAAACUGAGGAUGAGGAGGGUGAGGACCACAGUCCCUCUGCAUCUCUUCUACCCAGACAUACCUCCACACCCCUGGCUGUGCGCUACAGUCCUGAGGACUCGUACAACCUAGUCUACAUCAUCUUUUUUCUGAUGGGAAUCGGCUCCCUGCUGCCCUGGAACUUCUUUAUAACAGCCAGAGACUACUGGAGCUACAAACUUGGCAACAGCAGUGAUCCCAGUGGACAGCAACGUUCAGACAUCAGCGAGAACUUUGAAAGUUAUCUGUCCGUCGCCUCCACCGUUCCCUCGGUGCUGUUUCUAAUACUCAACUAUUUUCUUGUUAACAGGGUGUCGCCAGACGUUAGAAUCCUCUCUUCUCUUUUUGUGAUUCUCUUGGUGUUUUUGGUGACCACAGUGUUAGUGAAGGUGGAUCUGUCAGAACACAGUACAGGGUUCUUCAUCGGCACUCUUGCCAGUGUUGUCGUCAUCAGCGGCGCCUCCAACAUCUUCUAUGGCAGUGUGUUCGGGAUCAGUGGCUAUUUUCCCAUGAGGAUCUCUCAGGCGCUCAUAUCAGGUCAGGCCAUGGGGGGAACAUUGAGUGCAGUAGCAUCAAUAGUGAGCCUAGCUGUGGCUAAGGAUGUGACGAACAACGCACUUUUCUACUUCGUCAUCGCUGAUGUCUUCAUCCUGCUCUGCAUCGUUUCAUAUUUGAUUCUGCCCAAAAUGGCAUAUUCAAGGCACUACAUGCUGGCAGCAACGUGUGUCAGUCCAGGAACAAUAAAUGAGGACCAUGGUACUGCAGUAGUCCCACCACUGCAGCCGAUCAUUAAGAAGGCAUGGGUUCUUGGCCUGAGCGUCUUCUACGUCUUCUUCAUCUCCAUCUUGGUGUUCCCUGCUGUAUCGUCAGGGAUCCACUCUGUGAACGAGAACAGCGGCAGUCCCUGGACAACCAAGUACUUUGCACCCGUCACCAGUUUCCUCAUGUACAACCUCGCAGACUUCUGUGGCAGACAAGCAACGGCCUGGGUGCAGUUCCCUGGUCCCACCAGUCGAGUUCUGCCUGUGCUAGUAGUGUGUCGCUCCUUCGUGGUACCACUCGUCAUGUUUUGCAACUACCAGCCAAGGAACCACCUGCAUACAGUGCUGUUCAAUAACGAUGCGUACCCCGUGGUUUUUAACUGCCUUCUGGGUCUCUCCAAUGGCUAUCUCGGAACACUACCAAUGAUAUAUGGACCGAAGAUGGUACCACGGGAGCUGGCUGAGGCCACAGGAGUGGUCAUGUCAUUUUUUCUUGUGCUGGGAUUGGCCGUCGGGUCUGCAUUUUCUGUGCUUAUUGUGCACAGUAUAUGAUUGUACUUCAGACUAAAACCUGUCUUAGCUGUGU